AUGCAAUCUCGUAAAGGAGCGGCGGGGGGAAGCUAUGCAAUCUCUCUGAUUGCUCUUGUUUCCAUAGCAAAAGGCUCUAUCCCACAUUUAUCCGCUAUCAAACUGAUAUCCAAAAUAGGAUAUGCUGUAUCCUUUUCAGCUUUGAUUGUCGCCUUUCUUAUCUUGACCUUUUUGAGGAAACUUCAAUGUCCAAGAAAUAACCUCCACAUACAGCUCUUUCUGUCAUUCAUGAUGAGGGCUCUAAUGUUUCUUCUAAAAGAUGCUCUUUUUGUAGCUGGAAUGGGACUUCAAAGUAACGUAGCUAUCUCAGAAGAUGGAUUACCCCGGUUUCUGGAAUCGAAAAACAACAUAGACUGCAAAAUUUUCAUAAGUUUCUGGCACUAUUUUUUGACGGCGAACUACUGUUGGAUUCUCAUGGAAGGAUUAUAUCUUCACAAUCUUAUAUUUUUGGCCAUGUUCACUGACUCCAGCAGCAUUUUCCGCUACGUUAUUAUGGGCUGGA